CUCAGUUUAAUUGCACAAUGCCGACGGAUUUCCUGGGGUUCGCUUACGCCGCUACCGUGGCCGCUGGUGGUAUUAUGGGAUACGCGAAAGCAGGUUCCGUCCCCUCGCUGGCAGCCGGCCUCACUUUCGGUGCAUUGUUGGGUUACGGUGCGAUGAUGUCGUCAAAUGAUCCGCCCCGUCCGCUGCUGCAAAUCGGCACCGCAUUGGUUCUGGCCGGCAUGAUGGGCUCCCGGUGGGCGCGAUCAGGCAAGUUCAUGCCUCCGGGGCUGAUUUGCGUGAUUUCUUGUGCAAUGCUCGCCCGCGGUCUUAUCUAUCAUAACCGUUAUCUACCGAUGAUUGGUGCGAAACACGAGUAACAAGCCCCCAGGCCGAGCACGAGGGUCUUGGGUUGCAUUUAUGCAACGUUCCCACAUUCCACCGACCACCGGAAGGUCGUGCGGGGUCAUGGGAUAGAGCAAAGCGUGAAAGUGCAACGUUUCGAAUAGUGGUUGAUGGAGAAAGCGCAAAAUAAAUAUUUUAGUA